AUGCGACCUCUGCUGAAGGGAUCUGCUUUCAUUACGGGCGCUGCCAGUGGAAUUGGCCAGCAUACCGCCGCAGCAUUUGCCCGCCACGGCGUCACGCGGCUGGCCCUCGCCGACAUCCACAAAGAUAAUCUCGCAGCGACACGUGAGGCUUUCCAGAAGCAGUUCCCCAAGAUCGAUAUUCUCCCGAUUCACUUAGAUGUACGGAGCACCGCCCAAGUCCAGAGCGCAAUUGCUGAGACGGUGCGGGCGUUUGGGCGUCUUGACGUGGCAGUGAAUAAUGCUGGGAUUGGGGGCAGUGGCCGAUUAACUCACGAAAUAGAGGAAGAAGAAAUCAUGAGAAUUUUGGAUGUCAAUUUAAACGGCGUCUACCGGUGCCAAAAAGAAGAGUUGGCCGUCAUGAUCAAGCAAGAAGAUCUAGGUCCGAGGGAAGGCCGCGGGCGCAUCAUCAACGUUGCAUCCAUGUACGGCAUCGUGGCGCCCUACCACGGAAUGGCGCACACGGCGUAUACGACGGCAAAGCACGCCGUCGUCGGCCUGACCAGAGGUGACGCGAAUGCCUACGCAGGAUUCGGUAUCCGCAUCAACGCCAUUGCACCGGGAUUCGUGGAGACGCCGCUUGUGCAAGCAACCAUGGAACAAAGCGAAGAUAAACCCCUGGCUCGCGAGGUGCGUCGCUCAGCCUUGGGCCGGAUUGGGACGAUGGAAGAGAUUGGUGAUUCCAUUGUCUGGCUCGCGUCACCGAUGAACAGCUACAUGCAGGGCGCGGUCCAGAUAGUCGACGGAGGCCUCACUUCUGCUUGA